CCUGCCCCCUGAUCCCCCAAGCGCCCGGAUGCACAGCCACACACCAGCAACAGUCAGUCAGUCAGCCAGUCAGGACAAACAUGGUCGCCAGAACUGAAGGAAGCCUUUAGGAAUCUCCGCGCUGAAUUUCUCUUUACAAAGUAAGGGCUCUCUUAGACUGGUCGCCUGAAGCACGUAAAGCCUCGUCAGAGGUCUACAUUUUCUUCUUGCUGAAGGCGUCUUUGUGGACAGGACACUUAGAGGGCCAAACAAUGGAAUGCUCUCUCCUGCCUACACUGCUCAGCACUCUACAGACUGAGGUUAAACGGCUUAGUUAGCAGUGUACCUCUCCCCCAAGAACUCUUCUAACCUGGGGAAAGUUGGGAGAAAAAAGAAACGAGCAAAGGAGAAUUUCCUUCGUAGUACAGCACCUUACUCCAGUUCUUUGUAGUUGGUUGUUUGGCAUUCAUUUGUAAGCUUUGCCUGAACAAAAUCCAAGAUGGAAACAGAUUCGUACCUGUGGAUGGUCGUGCUUGGCUUCAUUAUAGCCUUCAUCCUGGCAUUUUCAGUGGGGGCCAAUGACGUGGCAAACUCGUUUGGCACAGCUGUCGGGUCAGGAGUGGUGACGCUACGUCAGGCCUGUAUCCUGGCUUCCAUAUUUGAGACCCUGGGCUCCAUGCUCCUUGGUGCCAAAGUCGGGGAAACCAUUCGGAAGGGAAUUAUAGAUGUUACUUUAUACAAUGACACUGUGCCGGUACUGAUGGCUGGAGAGGUCAGCGCCAUGGUCGGGUCUGCGGCUUGGCAGCUCAUUGCCUCUUUUCUGAAGUUGCCCAUUUCUGGAACUCAUUGCAUUGUGGGAUCAACUAUUGGCUUCUCCAUGGUUGCUAUUGGCACUAAAGGAGUACAGUGGAUGCAGUUAGUCAAAAUUGUUGCCUCCUGGUUCAUCUCCCCUCUGCUGUCUGGCCUGAUGUCUGGCCUGCUCUUCUUCAUCAUCAGAUAUUUAAUUCUUAGCAAGGAUGACCCUGUUCCCAAUGGUCUCCGCGCUUUGCCCCUCUUCUACGCUUCGACCAUCGGGAUCAACACCUUCUCCAUCAUGUACACUGGCGCUCCCUUACUGGGCUUGGAGAUGCUCCCCGUCUGGGCUAUUGGCCUCAUUACCUUGGCUGGCGCUGUGGUAUGUGCCGGUGUGGUCUGGUUUUUUGUUUGCCCCUGGAUGAGAAGAAAAAUAGCAAGUCGCCUGAAGAAAGAGCAUGCUCUUUCCCGCAUCUCUGAUGAGAGUUUGGAUAAAAUUCCGGAGGAGGAAGAGGAAGCCCCCGUGUUUAAAGAGCUCCCAGGUGCGAAAAACAGCAACGACGCUGUGCUGCCCUUGACAGAGGAGUCCACAGGGGAGCUGAACAGUCUGGCUAAUGGAGGCACUGUUCUCCCCAACGGCAGAGUGUAUGGUCGUACCAACUCCAUGACCAACGGCUGCCUCAAGUCACCCAUUUCCAAUGGGGGAUUCAGCUUUGACGGACACAUGCGCAGCGACGGCCAGGUCUAUCACACUGUUCACAAGGACUCUGGUCUUUACAAGGACCUCCUACACAAGAUCCACCUGGGCCGCCUGGAGGACGAGCGCAGCGCCUCGCGUACUGACAACAACUACCGUCACCUUCGCCGCAACAACAGCUACACGUGCUACACAGCAGCCAUCUGCGGCAUGCCGAUGCAACCCCUGAUACGGUCGGAGGCCAGCGCCCCUCCUCCAGAGGACAGCGAGAAGUUAGUGGGCGACAGCGUCUUCUAUUCCAAGAAGCGAUUGCGGUAUGACAGCUACUCCAGCUACUGUAACGCGGUCGCGGAGGCCGAGAUUGAAGCAGAGGAAGGUGAUGUGGAUGUGAAGUUGGCAGCCGAUAAAAGGGAGCCCCUUGCCCCUGCUGAAGGUGUGGAGGACGGCAUUGAUGAGGAAAAGGAAGAGAAGGACAAUGCUCAAGUCUACCUGCUCUUCCACUUCCUGCAAAUCCUCACCGCCUGUUUCGGAUCGUUUGCGCACGGGGGGAAUGAUGUCAGUAAUGCAAUUGGUCCUUUGGUGGCCCUGUGGCUGAUUUACGACCAGGGUGGGGUGAUGCAGGAAGCGGCCACACCGAUCUGGCUGCUGUUCUAUGGCGGCUUGGGAAUCUGUGCUGGAUUGUGGGUUUGGGGUCGACGUGUCAUUCAGACAAUGGGCAAAGACCUCACUCCCAUCACCCCCUCCAGUGGAUUUUGCAUUGAAGUAAUGAGCGCUCUAACCGUGCUUGUUGCCUCAAAUGUGGGCGUUCCUAUAAGCUCCACCCACUGCAAGGUGGGCUCAGUGGUGGCCGUGGGCUGGAUCCGCUCUAAGAAGGCUGUAGACUGGCGUCUCUUCCGGAACAUCUUCCUGGCCUGGUUUGUCACUGUCCCUCUAGCAGGCCUCUUCAGCGCUGCUGUCAUGGCCCUGUUCGUCUACGGCAUCCUGCCUUACGUCUGAGACGGGAAAUGGAGAAGAGAGAAGGAGGUAUAGGAGGGUAAUGAUGAAAAAAUCAAACAGAGACAGAAACAGAAAAAAAAUGAAAUAUCAUGAUAUAAGGGGACAACCAGAGGGUAGGGAGAGUCUUCAAAUGCUGCCUGGAAAAGCGUCCAGAAUCCUUUGACUUAAAUAUCCUUAAUCUUGUCAAGAGUAUUUAUUUCCGUUUCAUUUUUCUAUUGUUUCGUUGAAAUGUUACCAUAAACCGCAAGGUCUUUGACUCAGUGAUAUGAAAUGGUACAUUUUCAAAGUUCCAAAAAAUAGUUGUUGUACAUCUGUGGUCCUACAUGUUCAAAAGGAGUAGACAGAACUGGACAGAU